GUGAAACCAUGUGGGUCCAAUGUUGACUUGCUGUCUAAGGGAAGUUGUGGAGCUAACUCUAUCUCUCUACGGUGGUCGUUUAAAUCAAAGCCCUUCUUUUGGCGUCUCACAAUGUCUUCGUCUUUCUUUAUAAAGAAAAAGGAAACCCCUACAUUUAUGAAAAAGGGAAAAAACACAACUGGACCAAAACGAAAGGGCGAUGUGGACUCAGUUGGGAAAAGCAAAGCUCCGGCAAAGAAAUCAUCAAAAUACAACGAAGAGAUUUCAAGUGACUCUGAAACAGAAAGUCCUGUAGUGCCCAGGAAAAGACAGUCCAAAGAACAGACUGAUUAUGAUGAAACACCACAGGAGAAAAAGCUGAGAUUAGCCAAGCUGUACCUCGAUCAGCUGAAGGAAGAAGAGGAGAAGAAAGCAGAAGAUGAGUCCUUCGAGACCGAUCUGAUUGCUGGCAGACUUCAAGAAGAAGUGCUCGAACAAAAAGGGAUGCUUCAGCGUCUUCUUGCCAAAGAGCUCAUUCCACCAGAUGCGUCAGAGAUCAGACUGUUAAGAGGACACAAACUUCCAAUCACCUGUUUGGUCAUCUCCUCUGACGACAAGUUCAUCUUUUCUGCUGCUAAAGACUGCUUCAUCAUCAAAUGGGAUGUUGAGAGUGGAAAGAAACUGCAUACAGUACCUGGUGGAAGGAAAGGUACGGAGGAUCGGCAUGUAGGACACACAGCACAUAUUUUGUGUAUGGCCAUUUCAUCCGACGGGAAAUACUUGGCCACUGGAGACAUGAACAAUCUGAUCAUGAUCUGGGAGGCGGAGACAUGUAAACAUCUUUAUAAAUUCACAGGACACAAAGGCCCUGUGUCGGGUCUUUCAUUCAGGAAAGGAACUCACGAUCUGUACAGCGCGUCUCAUGAUCGCUCAAUAAAGGUGUGGAAUGUGGACGAGAACGCUUACGUGGAAACUCUAUUCGGACAUCAGGACGCCAUCACAGGGCUGGACAGCCUGAGCCGAGAACGCUGUGUGACCGCGGGAGGGAGGGACCGCUCAGUGAGGGUGUGGAAAAUAGCUGAAGAAUCUCAGCUGGUGUUUCACGGACACGAGGGUUCAAUUGAUUGUAUCCAGCUCAUAAAUGAAGAGCAUAUGAUCACCGGAGCUGAUGAUGGCUCCGUGUCUCUUUGGAGUGUCAACAAGAAGAAGCCUCUCAGCACAGUGAAGCAGGCUCAUGGUUGCCAUGGUGAUGCAGGGCUUGAACAGCCUCACUGGGUCGCUUCGGUAGCGGCGCUUCAGAACUCGGAUACCGUAGCCUCAGGUGCCUCCGGCUGUUCACACAACUCUCAGGUGCAGCUGUGGAAGUGUGGUCAAAAUUACAGAGGACUGGAGCCUUUAUUCAGCAUACCUGUGCCUGGCUUCAUCAACAGUCUGAAGUUUUCCAGCUCCGGUCAGUUCUUGGUGGCAGGAGUUGGACAGGAGCACAGGUUGGGUCGAUGGUGGAGAAUAAAAGAGGCCAAGAAUGGGAUAUAUGUUAUUCCUCUGAAAAGAAAACCACCUAAUCCAGAGGAAGACAAGAUAAAUGAAUAGUGGACUGUUAAGUGUUUUUUUUCUUUUGUAAAUUAAAGAUUUAAAAACUG